AUGGGCGGCCGACAAAUACGACCCGCGGGGGUCUUCAAGGCCGUCGCCCAGGAACUCAACCACCAGGUGCUGCCGGGCCACUCGGUCGCGCAGCCGCCCUGGUUCCAGGUCAUGAACUCGGUGCCGCCCGCCGAGACGCUCGUGCGCAACGUCACGCCGCGGCACCGCAUGCCCAACCCCAAGAGCACGCGGCCCAAGAAGCUCUACCGCCCGCAGGGCAUCGCCUACCUCGAGGACGCCCUCCGCACCGGCUUCUACAAGGACCACCCGUGGGAGCUGGCCCGCCCGCGCGUCGUCCUCGAGCUGGACGGCAAGGACCACCAGCACUGCGACUGGAGCAAGGGGCUGCGGCAGCCAGGCGUUCCCCUGUCGGGCGAGUGCGUCGUGCAGCGCCAGCUGUGGCUGAUGCAAAACGAAAAGAUGAGCAAGCGGAGAGCGUACGACGCGGCCCGGCACGAGUUCUACAGGCUGCGGCAGGCCGAGGAGAUUGAGAAGCGCGUGGCCAUCGAGGAGGCCCGCCACGUGGGCGCCUACUUUGGCAAGUCGAGGCUGGACGUGGGCAUGCAGCUCGAGGACCAGGAGUUUGAGAACUGGAAGAUCUGGGCCGGCAAGGAGACGGCCAACCGCGAGGCGAGGCAAAACUCGGAGAUUGAGACGUUUGGGCUCGAGGACGACGCCGAGACGGCCGUCGACGCGGCCGCGCCGGCCGAAGGGCAGCCUGCACCAGCAACCACUGCAUAG